CACCGUGCUGCACUGCUCUCAGGAAGGAAGUUGUUGGUUAGUUGCAGCUACUUGCUUGUUCCCUCACUUCUUCCCUGCAGUCAGGCAGUCUGAAACUCUGCCACCAUGCGUGACGUCCACCUGGCCCUCGUCUCCCGCAGCCUGUGCUGCGAUGUCCGCACCGCUGCCUUCGUCUUCAUCACCUACUACCUGGUUUCCACGCUGAUGGUAUGUUUCGACAUCACAGUUUGGAUCUUCAAUGGUAAGGAUCUCUGUGGAUUCGUCCACAGUGAGAGCCUGACCCACGGCCAGCUGAUAUUUGACACCACCUCUAACUUCCUGCUGUUGCUUAUGAUGCUGAUCUCGUGCAUCUUAGCUCUGUUUGGACUUCGCAAGGGCGUCUCCAAACACCUGGUCCCCUUCCUCGUCCAGCUGUACCUGGAUCUGGGGAUGAGCGUGAUAUCCAUCUUCAGUGGCCCCUGGGGGACCCCAGGGACCCCCACUUUUGAGGGGGGUGACCGUCUAGUGACGUAUAUGACAGGCGGACGGAGCUACAGCCGAAGGAGCUGGCUCACAUGACCAUAGAUAUUCGGAGUGCUGUUUGUUCUCUACCUGCUGAUGAAGGUGUAUACAGCACACAUUGUGACCCAGUGUUACCAUGUGAUUAAACUGACCUGCGAAAACAAGAAGGGUCAGGAUGAGGAGAAGAGUGUAUCGGUGAAACUGCCCUCCUAUGACGAGGCUUUGAAGCAAUCUGAGGUGGCUUGUCCGGCCUACAAGACCGUGUGAGGAAGUGAAGCCAUACAGAGCUGGAGCACACCUGCCUGCCUGAUCAAAUCUGCUUUCAGUACUUCACUGGCAGCUGCUUUAUUUGCUUUACUAUAAAUUAGGCAUAUUGAGGAGAGAGAGAGAGUGAGAGGUGGGGGAGAGUGAGAGAGCAAGACAGCAAGAAAAAGAGAGUGAGAGAGAACAAAAGAGAGAGAGAGAAUGAUAGAGACUGGCAGUGCUUCUAUUGACCAUUAUUCUAUUAACUUCAAGAAAACACAUUCCUCUAUCUUAGCAGCUCCGUGUCUUCUGCAUGUCUAAAGAAGUGGAUGAGAGGGAGACUGAUGAGAGGGAGGUUGGCGUGUGAGUGAAUGUGUUAAUGAACUGAGCGCGUGAGUCACAGUAGGCUGCCGGGCAGCACUAGGCAUGCUCGGAAUUCAUUCUACUCAAGCAAGAGUAGACAUUGCACUGAACAGUUAAUUCAGCAUUGCUGCAAAAAUAUAAAUAUUUGCUACCAUGUUAAAAAAGCCAAGAUUGUUAUCAUUGUAUCUGUUUAUGGAGAUAAAUAGUAUAUGCACAAAUAAUGCAUGACUAGAUUAGCAUUUUAAGAUAAAUAGCCUUACCCACAGGUCUGCUAUUUCAGACCUGCUGAAUUCCAGGUUGGUUAAUGCGCUCAUUGUUGUUGGAAUGAGUUCAGCGCAGCUGGACAAUCCAUUUAGUGCUUUUCCCAGUCACAGCUAUGUAUAUUACCGUACCAGUAGUUUUUUUUUAAUAUUUAUUUUUCAAAGUUAGUGAACUGCAUUGCUUUUAAUUGCCAGUAGUAAUUGUCCCAACAGCAUUAGAAAGUUCAGUUAAGUUCAGUUAAUCACAUACAGUAUUUGUGCUGUUACACCUUAAAAGGUUAAUGAAAAAGAAGAGUGUUGAAGGAGAGUGGCUGAGUAAAGACAGACAGAAUGACACUUUGCUUAUUGCACUUGGAGGCUGGGAGUGUGCAGGAAACAAUAAAAGCUCAUUUAAUGCUGCG